AUGGCUAUACCUGAUUACAAACUUAGUGCCGUAUUGUGUGGGCACUCACUUGAUGUGCGUUGUGUGGCAACUACCAAAGAAUUUUGUAUUUUAUCUGCUUCACGCGAUAGAACUGCCAAGUUAUGGCACCCGGAAGGGGUGAAAGAUUAUAUUAAUGUUGUAACAUACAAGGGCCAUAAUAACUUUGUUUCAUGUGUAUGUUGGUUCCCACCAUGUGAAGCAUACCCUGAGGGGGUUGUUGUAACGGGUAGCAAUGAUAAUACAAUUAUUGGUUAUAAUUUACAAGAUGGUACAAUUCUAUUCACCCUGAAAGGCCAUGAAAAUGCUGUAUGUAGUGUUUCGCCAAGCCGUGAUGCUGGGACUCUUCUAAGUUCAAGUUGGGACAGCACUGCAAAGGUUUGGAAUGCAAAUAACAUACACUUGGAGCCCUUGACUCUAAAAGGCCAUGAAGCUGCUGUUUGGGCAAUUGUGGAGCUUGGUUGUGGCACAUAUGCUACAGCAUCAGCUGAUAAAACCAUCAAGUUAUGGAAGAGGAGUGGAGAAUUAAUUUCUACUUUAACAGGGCAUACUGAUUGUGUAAGAGGGCUUGCAGUUGCUACCAAUGAGACAUUUUUAAGCUGUUCCAAUGAUGCAUCUGUCAGAUUGUGGACUAAUAAAGGGGAGUGCCUUAAUACUUACUAUGGACAUUCAAAUUAUAUUUACAGUAUUAGCAUAAACCCAGGUGUGCCUAACAGCUUCACAACAUGCGGUGAAGAUGGUACAGUCCGUUUGUGGCUUAGCGGUGACUGUAUUAGAGAGAUUCACUUGCCCGUACAAUCUGUUUGGAGUGUAACAUGCCUGGACAAUGGUGAUAUUGUUACAGGUUCUAGUGAUGGAAUUGUUAGAGUUUUUACAAAAGAUCCGGCGAGAUAUGCAGAUGAGGCAACCCUGAAAACUUUCGAAGAUGAAGUUGAGAAAAUGCAGUUUGCCUCAAAGCAAGAGAUUGGCGGUUAUAAGCUUUCAGAAUUACCUGGACCCGAAGUGCUGUUGGAGGCAGGCAAAGCCGACGGUCAAACGAAACUUGUCCGACGCGGGAACAAUGUCAAGUGUUACUCUUGGAGCGCUGCAGAGGGCGUCUGGAAAGAGAUCGGUGACGUCAUGGGCGCGAACCCCCCCUCUGAAGGCAAAACCAUGUACCAGGGAAAGGAGUACGAUUUUGUGUUCAGCGUGGACAUUAAAGAUGGCGCCCCACCGAUAAAGCUGCCGUUUAACAAAACCGAGGAUCCCUGGGUCGCAGCGCAAGCCUUCAUUCACAGACACGACCUGCCUCAAGUUUAUCUCGAGCAAGUUGCCAAUUUCAUCAUAACCAAUGCUAAGUUGGACAUAAUGCCUACAGUGAGUAAUGGAUUCGCGGACCCGUUCACCGGCGAGUCGCGCUACGUGCCGGGCUCGGUGCCGGCGGCGCGGAGCGUGAACGCGAUCGACCCGUUCACGGGCGCCGGCGCGUACACCACCUCCGCGGUGUCCGCCACCUCGGUGGCGGCGGCCAGCGAGAGGCACUUCAUACCCCACGACGCGUACAUACGAUUCGAUCAGGCCAACCUGAAAGCUAUUUAUGAUAAGAUAAAGGAAUUCAACAGCAAAACUGGUGACGGCAGGGCCGCUUUCUCCGAACAACAAUUGGAAAGUGUUGUCAAGUUAGGGGAGUUGGACAGCACAUUCAACCCGGACACUGUGGGUUUAUUGAAGAGAAUGCUGGAAUGGCCAAAAGAAAUACUCUUCCCCGUGUUAGACAUCACUAGACUGGCGAUUAGAAGAAAAGAUAUCAAUGGGCAAAUAUUUGACACAACAUUUGGACCAAAUUUUGUUAAAUAUCUGCUCUCUCUACUCAGCCCAGAAAGUCUGCCAGCUAACCAAAUGUUGACCAUGCGAGUGCUGGUGAACGCUUUUAGUGACCUACCUGGAGAGAUGUUGGUGUUAGCUGCGCGAGAGAGUGUUGUGCACUGCAUCAUCUGCCUAACUCAGCUUAGUAAUAAUGCUCAGAUUGCGGCGACCUCAUUACUAUUGAACCUGUCGGUUGCCCUGGCGCAGCAAGCGGACAACCUGGAUCUUGCCGACUGUGUCAUACACCUCUUGAAUAGAAUAACCGACAAUGAAGCCUAUUUCAGAGGUUUGGUGGCACUGGGAACACUGUUGACGGAAUCGCCUCAAAAGCUUCACAUUCAAACUAAAGUAGUUUCCAACGCGCUACUGCACAACAAGCUCAAAGCGAACUGCGUAGGCGCACCUGGUGACGCAAUUCAGAAGAAAAUCACAAUAUGCUCUCAGGAAAUCGUCAAACUGUUA